CUCUCCCUCUCUCUCUCUCGCGUCUCUCCGUUUUUCUUACCAAAACCCCUCCUUUUCCCAAAGCGCUCUCUCUGUCUGUUCCUUAGGGUUAGGGUUUCUCAAGCGCGUGUCUUCUCCUCCGCAACCAUGUUCCCCAAAACCCUCUCUCCUAUCUCCAAACUCUCCAUUGUCAAUCUCCAGCAGCUCUCUAGGUCAACCAUGGCCUGAAUCAGGCUCCUCCGAGCAUGCUUAUAUUAAUCCCCUUUAUUUCUACAGUGGUGGCAGUUUUGGAAUGGAAAUGUAUGUUUCUGAAAAUGGAAAUGCAGAAACUUAUCUGAUUCAAGGUACAGAGUCAAACCCACUUUUAACAACGCAACUUGUUGAACAAAUUCAAGCUAUGUAUAACGAGGGAACCCCAGAGUUUGUUGUUGAUCAGAACUUGUAUUAUCCUACUGCCACCAACUAUGGGUAUUACUGUACAGGAUUUGAAUCACCCGGUGAAUGGGAUGACCACCAUAGGAUUUUUGGUCUGGAUGGUCCAGAUAUCCAGUACUCGGGUGCGCAAACUGAUAGUUUGCCUUAUGUAUAUUAUACACCUAGCUAUGGAUAUGCACAGUCUCCAUACAACCCAUACAAUCCUUACAUACCUGGUGCCAUGAUAGGAGUUGAUGCCCCAUUUGUUGGGACGCAACAAUAUUACACAAUGCCUCCUUAUCAAAACCCCGUCUCUUCACCUGCUUAUAUCCCCAUUGUUGUUCAAUCUAGACCAGAUAUCAUUCCAAAUAGUUCACCUGAUCCCUUGUUAGAUACUGGUUUAGCUGCUGCUAAUAGGCCUGAUGGACGAGGUCGAAAACAUAAUCUUUCUUCAGCAUCUGCAGCCUUUACCAUGCCUUCUCAAAGACCUGCUUCAAAUCAAACACAUUCCUUUACCAGGGUAUCAGAUGUGCCAAGAGCUAUUGCCGGAUCAAGUAAGCAGCCUGUGACACAUGGAAGUGUUACUUCCGGUAGUUUUCCGGGUCCAGCGUCAUCGCAUGCCCUCCAGGGUAGAAGUACGCCUGACUCAAUUCAGGCUAUGGAUAAUGUUCCACAUGGAAGGGUUCUGCCUCAUCACAACCAAUUAAAACUUGCUAUCCCUUCUGGUAAUGGCAUGUCUGAUUUUGGAUCUAAUGCUCAACUCCGAGCCCCCAUGGAUAAGUUUCGUCCAAAGUUUAAUUAUGGCAGAGCUCAGAAUGAUGCAAAUGGAAGCCAAGAUGGGCUGAGUGAACAGAAUCGUGGCCCUAGAAUCAACAGAUCGGAAAAUCAGUUGGCUGUUAAAGCUUACACAACUAAGGCAGGAGAUACUAAUGCACAAGGAAACAUCAUUAUCUAUACUGAUCAGUACAACAAGGAUGACUUCCCAGUUGACUAUGUGGAUGCAAAGUUCUUUGUGAUCAAAUCAUACAGUGAGGAUGAUGUACACAAAAGCAUUAAAUAUAACGUGUGGUCAUCUACACCCAAUGGGAACAAGAAGCUGGAAAAUGCUUAUGAAGAUGCACAGAGGAUAGCUCUGGGGAAACGGAGGGGCUGUCCUGUUUUUCUGUUCUUCUCAGUCAAUGCAAGCGGCCAAUUCUGUGGUGUUGCAGAGAUGAUUGGCCCUGUUGAUUUCCAUAAGGAUAUGGACUUCUGGCAGCAAGAUAAGUGGAGUGGAAGCUUCCCUGUCAAGUGGCACAUUAUAAAGGAUGUACCGAAUACCAACUUUAGGCACAUCAUACUAGAGAACAAUGAGAAUAAGCCAGUGACUAAUAGUAGAGACACUCAAGAGAUAAGAUUUAAGCAAGGCCUGGAAAUGUUGAAAAUAUUCAAAAAUCACACAACGAAGACAUCUUUACUUGAUGACUUUAUGUAUUAUGAAAACCGACAGAGAAUCAUGCAAGAUGAGAAAACCAGGCUGCUUAUUAAAAGCUAUGAAAGCCCAUUCUUUGUACCUCCAUUAGACCCCCCGCGGAAGCUAAAUUUUGUGAUUGACCUGCCCCCAAGUGAAGAGAAGAUGACCAAGCAGACUGAUGUGAGAAGUUUAGAGAAGCCUGUGGCUGCUUCCACUGCCACUGAUCAGGUAUCCCUAAAGUCUGAUGACAUAAAUCGGAGUAGUAUGAAUGAAAAGUGCAGUACAGCUGAAACAAAGGAUGAUACCAUAUCUACCUUAAAAAUUGGUUCGCUCACCAUCAACCCAAAGCAAGUGGAAUCAAUACCAACAAUGGCUGCUGCUCCUCCCACUCCUGCUGGUACAGUAGUGGGCACUGAAUCAGUUGAUGUUGUCACAGUGGGUUCAAUGCCAGUCAAAGUUAAUGGUUUUGCUGAGUCUCCUGGUUUGUUCACCUUUGGGACAAUUCCACUUGAUCCUAGAACAUUGCAGCUUGAAAAGGGAGUCCUCUUUGGUAAAAAUGGGCCCCCACGUUAAUGAAGCAGGCAUUUUACCUUUGAUUUGAUACUCAUCUGGGAGCUGUUUUGUGUUGGAGCAACUAUUACAUGGUAGUAUAUCGGCAUAGGCGCAAAGGCACAUAUCAAGUCCUACUGUCAAGCUGAGGGUUUCAUAUACUCAGUCCUUUGUUACAGCCAGUAAUUUGAAACUAUUAGGGUGGCUGCUGCUGUUCCUUUUUUUUUUCCUUUUUCUUUUUUCCCUAUCUUAUUGCUCCCCCUUCAUGUUUCCUUCUAUUGCUGCAGUUGUUUUGAUCCACACUAAAUACUAAUAUCUUGGGUUUACUUUUCUUUUCUUUUUCUCUUUUGGGGAGCACCUGUCUUGUUGGCUGAAAUUAAUUGAGAAAUCAGAGUAUAAACUUUCAUUUUCCAUUUA